AUGUCUGGGUUGAGUCCGUGCUGUCUUAAAACCUCAUUUCAUGAGGGUGAAACGAAGGGAGAGUUCGUGAAAUUAGGUGACUUCAGUGUCUACAAAUCUGGAAACGACACCAAGAGAAUCCUGGUAAUCUUUACCGACAUUUAUGGCUACAAGACCAACAAUGUUGAUUUGAUUGCCGACAAGUUUGCAGAUAAUCUGGGUUACCAAGUCCUGAUUCCAGACCUUUUUGAUGAGGAUCCAGUUGUUCCUAACCAAACUAACCUAGGUGAGUGGCUAGGUAGACACUCUCCUGUUCAGACGGGUCCAAUUGCCAAAGCCUUUCUGGAGUACGUGAAAAAAACAUAUGACCCAGCCUACCUGUGUACCAUUGGCUACUGUUAUGGUGCUAAGCUAGUUUUCCAAAAUGCAACCAAGGACAGUAUUCCAAACGUCUGUGCCAUGGCUCACCCUAGCUUUACUGAGGAGUCUGACCUAGAAAAUCUCGCAAGGCCUUUGCUCCUCAGUCUGGCAGAAAGAGACGAGCUGUUUUCCGAUGAAAUGAGAAACAAGGCUGCCGAGAUUUUGCGCAAGAAUAAUAUUAGACAUCAGAUUGAUAUUUACAGUGGUACUUCUCACGGCUUCAGUAUCAGAGGUGAUCUUUCUGACCCUGUUGUCAAAUAUGCUGUGGAGAAGUCUGUUUUGGACCAAUCGUACUGGUUCAAAUCUCUAGAGCCAGAGUACGUCAAGAAUUAG